AUGCCAACCCCCUACCUUCUUAUCGUUUGCCUCACCAAAUUUGCUCUUGCGAGUUCUGAGGAAUUGGGUCAGAUCACAACAAAUCAUCUCCUCAAAAUCAUAAAUGCGAUUAAGCUUCCGAUUCUACCUGAAGGUGCGCGUUUUUUGCAUCGAUCAAACUGCUUCGAAGAACGAUCGGUGCACUUAACCACAUCGAUCAAUGUCAAACUGUGGUACAACCACUCCCACACCUUCCUACGGACAGGUUUUACCACAAGCACUGAAGACUUCCCUGCACACAUUCUCUUCAUGCUGAUUACUGUUCAACAAGGUGGAAUGGUGAUCACCCCGAGAGGGUCGGGGAGUCCAUUAGCAGAGGUCAAUGAUGCUGUCCAACAGGAGUUUGGUGAUUAUUCAAUUCCCGACAAGAUUCUCCUAUCGGAGAGUUUCGAGCUUCUCUUUCAGGAGUGCAAAAGUGCUGUGAGAAGGUUGGCUGAAGUGUCUGAGGAAUACUUUGGUAUUUUUGCUGCACUUGAGUCAAACUAUAGUCAUGUGCAUUUAUUUACGGAACAAUUAUCCCUCUUUGCGCGCCCUGUCUCGUUAUCUGUGACCCUACCGUUUCUGGGGGAAAAUUCUUCCAAAUCUGCCCCUCAUAAUACACCAUUCUCGCCUCGUACCGUGUUGGCAAAGGACUAUGCUCAAAUUUUGAGGCAGGUAGACAGUUUCUGGUUCAAGGUUGGUUCCCAACUUCAGUCCUUCAGUGAGAGUAUUAAUGAACCUGUCGUUUUAUCAACUCUCCAGAAGGAGGUCUCACUGCUUUCAGCUUUGGUUGCUGAAGUAACUGAGAAAACUGAUGAUAUCUAUCGUCUUUCGCGGCAGACUUUGACAGGAGCGAUUGACAAGGAAGCCCACAAGGUACUGAAGAUUGAACAUUUGAAAUUGAAGAAAAUUUCCCGACGUCUGGAUAAUGUUCGAGAGUUAAUGAGCCACUUGGAAGGCGAGAAGACGGAAAAACCCUGGUUUGAUCUCUCCCCGUGCAGAGCCGGCAUCGUAACGUCUACUGCAGCCAAGGUCUUCGAUCUGAUUGGCGGUGUCCACGAGGUCUGGCUGAAACAGAUUGAACUGCGGGAGAUCUUCAAGCUGGCGUUUAUUGGUAACGGUUCCAACCAGCCAUUUUCAGUGGGAUUCAGUUCUCCAAAACCAAAUUUAAAUUCCAUUUCCCUCUCCACCUCUAAUCCGGCUCCUCAACCUGAUGGUAACGUUAGCGGUCUGUGUUGCUGGCGCCAACGUCUGCGAACAUCAAGAUCCGAUUCCUGUCUUCCAUGCAUGCAAUGCCUGAGGCAGCCUGAAAGAAGUCACUAUCCCAAUCACUGCACAUACUUUACAGCCAGUGGCGAGUCGGGUUUCGUCAGCGACUCGGAUAAUGCCCGACUUAGACGACACCGUUGCCAUCGCCAUGGACCGGCCUCUCCUCUCGCUGAGCGAUGCAUUCGAUGUCAGUGUCGCUCGUUUUCUUUCCCCUUGCCUAUCAAUCUAGUGCAAUGCCUUCUCAUCCCACAGCCUCCUGAAUCCUCCAAAGAUGAAUCUAGCACAAGCAAUCAAGUGAGUUUUUUCGAGGAAUGCGCUUCUGUUAGGGAUAAACGUUUCUACCGUGGGUCGAAGAACACAGCAUUGCUUUUUUCUCCGCAUUUCUCGUUAAAUCCGGGAGUGGCAAGUUCACCUAUUGUUGUCAGUCCAAUCUGCUCCUCAACUCGAAAGUAUCCUCGAGGUUGCGAUCUAUCGGCAAGCGAAAGACCGGGAUCUUUGCUGCAGCCAUACAACUCCACUUUUUCGGUGCUCUCCUCUACAAAUGCAAACAAGGAUGACAACGAUGACGAAGUAAAAAAUGUUGCUAUUGGUGGAGCCUUAGCGGCAGGAGAGGAGGAGGAUUCUGCACUCGUCACUUCGCCCACUUCUUACUCCUUCCCACACGACACUGACAACGAGGUCGAUGAAAAUGAAGAUGAGGGGCUAUUUGCUCAUCUAUACCUUGGGAAUGAGUACAAAGAGCGGCGCUGCUUGUCUAGGAGUCUUCCAAGUCUAUUAGACAAGCGACCUGUGGGAUGGAGCGUGCUGCAACCAUUCGAGGAGUCAUUUGAGCAACAAUCGCAGCAGCAACAGAGCCAGUAUACCAUGGAGGAGGCCUAUGUACCCAUAAUCAUGCUUAGUGAAGGAACUGAAGAUGAGGCAGAGGGCAGAGACACUACACUUGGUGUUGAAUCGCGUAAUGGAGUUGGUGCUGGCGACACUAGCAGUCGGCUAGCUUUGUCUCCUCUAAGUUGUCGCUCUGAGGAUCUGGCCAGCCUGGCUGCUGCGUUGCGCCUGUCACCAGCGGACUCGGAAAAGCUUUUCGAGGUUUUGCGUGAUGCUUCCGAUGUGAUAAAUUGGCUGUCGAGUCUCGAGACGUUGCUCUAUGUGCCCACUGAACCUUCCGACAGUUUCUCUUCCGAUCUGCUUUGCCGUCUCCGGCCCGAGCUUAGUCGGGUGGAGUUAGACAAGCGUCUCAGUGAACUCCAAUAUUACGCCGGGCGGUUGGAACGUUGGCGUCAAGAGGUGAACAUGUUGAUUGAGAGACACAAGGCACGUCUUGUAGAUCUCGAGUCCCAAGCCAAUAAACUGCUGGUGUCUGACCACGGGUUCCUCUCCUUCUUUCCAAGUUGGCUGGAUAUGAUCGCUUCCAGACGCUCGGAGGUAGAGCGAGAGUUGCACUCGCAAGUGUGUCUGUUAGACUACAUUAACUACGUCAAUUCAGACAGCAAGAAAAAACUCCAGGAGAUUGAAAAUCAGGCUGGACCGGCUAUAUCUGAAGCCCAGUUCGUUGCGGAACAGCUGAGAAGCCCAAACGUGCCAUUAACCGAUGUGGCCGACUGCUAUCAAUCAAAUGGAUCUUUUUUACGAAGUGUGUCGAACAUUCCUGCUUUGACCGAAAGGCUCCAGGACCUAUUGGAACGCGCUUCAGAGCUGGAUCCUCGCAGCAACCUUCUGCGCCAACCAUCGGUUGAAACACUUUCCGACAAUCAGAUCCUUCGAGCUCGUCUGAGGUCUUCGUUGGCUAAAUUGCACAAUCUUUCCUCCCCCCUCGUCCCCAACUGCAUCGCACCACAACACCAACAAAUCACCCGCUGUCACGCCGAUGUGUCGCCCUCGUCUCGACCAUGCCUCAAACCGAGGUGGAACUCAAGAAGGAUUCUUUGCGUUGCACUGCUCUGCAUCGUAAUACCGCUCCUGUGCUACAUACUCUUUCGACCUGGAUGGUAUAGCGUUGAGGCGCGACACCGGUGCGAUCGCGACUAUUUUCUCUGCUUUGCCUCGGCGUGGUCGCGGUCUCUUUGCAUUGUUAUCCCCUCUUUUUCCUCUUCAGUCCCCUAUUCCCCUACUCCACCUCCCACAUAG